AUGAUGCUUGAAGGAUCGGUUAGCAUUAAUGGCCGAGAGUUGGAGACAAUGCUUUCUUUUAGAACUCCAACAGCAGAUAUGGAAAAUGACUUAUUUGGUAAACAUUUAAGCACAAAGAGUAUAGAAAGUUUAGAUGAUUUAAGCACAAAGAGCUUCUACUCCCCAAAAAAGUUGGAGCCACAAGGCCAUAGAGACCUAGCUGCACUUAAAUUGCAGAAAGUUUACAAAAGUUUUCGAACCAGAAGACAGCUUGCAGAUUGUGCAGUUCUUGCAGAACAGAGAUGGUGGAGGGCUUUGGAUUUUGCCGAACUUAAGCGCAGUUCUAUAUCAUUUUUCGACAUUGAAAAACCUGAGACUGCGAUUUCACGUUGGUCAAGGGCUAGAAAGAGAGCUGCCAAGGUUGGAAAGGGUCUAUCUAAGGAUAGGAAGGCUCGGAAGCUUGCUUUGCAGCACUGGCUAGAGGCAAUUGACCCUCGACAUCGCUAUGGCCAUAACCUCCAAUUUUAUUAUGUUCAAUGGCUACACUGUGAUAGUAAUCAACCUUUCUUCUAUUGGCUUGAUAUCGGAGGUGGCAGGGAAUUCGGUUCUGAGAGAUGUUCUAGAUCAAAGCUUCAGCAGCAAUGCAUCAAAUAUUUGGGUCCAGAGGAAAGAAAGGCUUAUGAAGUAGUUAUUGAGAAUGGGAGGCUCUUUUACAAAGACAGUGGGAUUCCAGUUGAAAGUACAAAAGAUGCUAAGUGGAUCUUUGUACUUAGCACUUCCAAGACUUUGUAUGUUGGGCAAAAGAACAAAGGCACAUUUCAACAUUCAAGCUUCCUAGCAGGCGGAGCCACAUUAUCUGCUGGUAGAUUAGUAGUUGAAGACGGCGUUCUUAAGUCUGUUUGGCCUCACAGUGGACAUUAUCUCCCAACCGAAGAAAAUUUCCAGGAAUUCGUGUCGUUUCUUAAGGAGAAUAAUGUCGACCUUACGGAUGUACAGAAAAACCCAGAGGAAGAUGACGAACCAGUGAAAAUGAACCAGGAACAUCAUUUUAGAGGAAAAUCUUCAGAGAAGUUACCAUCAAACAUCGAAUUAUCCAAAGAGAAAAUCGAGGACAUAAAUGAGGAUUCAUCUGCUGAUUCAAACACCCAUCCACCGUUAUCUAGAUUGUCGAAACGGCUAGGAACAAAAAUAACGAGACUCGAAAUACCAAAGAGAGACAACGUGACUGACAUUUUCGAAUCAGUAUUGGCAAUACACCGUCCAACUAGAAAACUAUAUUCGCCACUUUCAGACUCAGAGUCAGAUUGCGGUUACGAGACAGCAGAAGAAUCGUUUAUCCACGAAGAAGACUUCAUGGUUUCAAAAUCGAACUUGUUUGUUGAGGAUCACGACAACGAAGAAGAAAAUCCUAUUCCAAAAGAAAAGAUAAUGAAGAGAAUAGAUUCACAUAAAGGAAUGAAAUCAUAUCAACUGGCAAAUCAUUUAUCGACAAAAUGGUCAACAGGUGCUGGUCCUAGAAUUGGUUGUAUGCGAGACUAUCCAGCAGAGCUUCAGUCUUUUAUCUUGGAACAGCAAAACUUAUCUCCAAGGGCAAAAGCAUCAGCGCCAUCGCCUCGGAUACCGCUCUUGUCUCGAUUCAGUCAACACGUCGGUCCUUUUCCAUGA